AUGAUUCUGAAAGACGAUAUUAGGGACUUUCUUCAUGAAUUUUACACUAAUGGAAAGAUCCUGAAAGGCAUCAAUUGUUCUUUUAUUGCCUUGAUUGCCAAGAAGCAGUGUGUCAAAUCAUUUAAGGAUUUUUGCCUCAUAUCUUCAAUUGACAGUAUCUACAAAAUAAUUGCAAAAACACUUGCUAACAGGUUGAAGCAAGUCAUGGGGUCCCUCAUCCAUCCUACUCAAUCGGCAUUUGUGGAGAGAAGACAAAUCAUGGACUGCAUCUUGAUUGCUAACGAAGUAAUUGAUUCAAUCAGGAAAAAAAACAGAGGGUGGACUGGUCUUCAAACUCGACUUACUGAAAAGCUUUCAAUAUGUGGACUGGGACUUCCUACUCUCUAUUAUGAAACAAAUGGCCUUUGUGGGUCGAAGCAACCUGCAAAUCUCUCAUCUGCAAUUCGCAGAUCUCACAAUUAUCUUCUGCCAGCCCUUGGAGGAUCAACUUCUAAUGAUCAAAAGGAUUCUUCAAUGCUUUCAGAUGGUUUUGGUUUAGAGGUUAAUUUUAAGAAAAGUGCGCUUCUGGGUAUCAAAGUGGAUCAUCAGCUUAUCGAAGAGUGGGCCUCAAAAAUCUAUUGCCAGGUUGAUUCUUUGCCUACUGAAUACCUUGGCAUCCCUCUGGGGCCUAAUCCGAGACUGUCCUCUACCUGGCAGCCCAUCGUAGAAUCUGUCAAAAGCAAACUCAGUCUGUGGAAAUGCAAGUUUCUACCCCUGCAGGAAGAGUAA